AUGCGUUUAUUUUUUUAUUUCUGCUAGAUAUUAGUGUUAUUUUUGUCAAUUGAAAUAUAACCAUAUUUUAUAAAAUGAUAAUUUAAUCUGAUUUAAUAACUUAUGAUAAUGUGAAUGAUAAUCACAUAUCAUCACAAAUGUGGUAUCAUAAUAAGUGCUAAAAACAAUGAUUAAGACUUACAAGCAUUCUAGGGAGAUUUAGUAUUGUUGUAUUCUAAACAAUAGCCUAAGAUGGAUAUUCCUGUUCAAAUAGCUAUUCGGCUAAAGCCUCCCAGUAUUGCGGACUCUCUUCAAUGUAUUUUUAGUAAUCCUGUAACUCAGAUUGUAAUCACAGAGAGUGGCCAGACUUUUCAUGUAAAUAGAGCAUUGCCAGUAGACUGCACGCAGGCCCACCUUUUCAACUCAUUUAUGAUACCCCAGAUAAAUUGUUUCUUAGAUGGAUGUGACACAUCUGUAGUUGUAUUUGGUCAACCUAAAUCUGGAAAAACAUAUACAUUAUUUGGACCUGGUUUUGAAGUCAUUCACAGUGAAUGUGACCAAGGCAUUGUCCCAAGAUUUUUGUCAGAAAUAUUCCAUAGACUUGGUCAGAUGCCCGAGAGAGAGUACAUUUUGCACAUUACUUGGAUGCAAGUCGUCAAUAAUAACAUUUUUGAUGUGUUGGGAGCUGGUUUAGUAAGAUGUACAAAUGUUGAAGAAGCCUUCCAAUAUUUGCAAUUGGGAUGGCGUCAAAAGUGUCUUGGAAACAAUCAUACAGUGUUCACCGUCAGUAUGGAGCAAAAAUGGGUGGGAACAAAUGGGGUUCUUAACCACAGAAUGUCUACUGCCAGUUUCUGUGACUUAGCAGCAUACCCAGAGCCUGGGCUAUAUGCAUUGGAGAAUAUAAUCAAGGAAUUGAUAGCUGGCAAUCCUCCAAAGCAAAUUAAUUACGAUAGCUGUAUAUUAACUGCCAUGUUAAGGGACUCAUUUGGUGGGAGAGCUUUCACUUGGGUUAUAGGUUGUAUUAGCACCGAGCCUGAUGAAUAUCAAGACACACUCAAGAUUUUAAACCUAUGCCUAUGCUGUCGAGGCAUUAAAAACUUUGUUACUGUUAACUUGUUCGCUGACAAUAAUACUCCUGUAUAUGCAGAUAAAAAUCCGGUCCAAGCGGACAAUGCAUUUAAUUUACAAUUUGCUACAGCUCAAUGGAUAAAACUAGUGUCUAAUGCUGAAGGAUUAUUCAAUAGAAUAUUACAAUCGAAAUCAAUAUCGGAAACAGAUAUGAAUCAAGUUAGCGAAUGGCUAUUCUUGAAGGCUGAAUGUGAUGAGUGUUUGAAUAAUGAUAUGGUGACAGACAAUAAAGAGACAAAUAUGAAACAGGGUUUACCAAGGAUAGCUGAAGACACUGAACCUAGUGAGCCAAGUGAGUCAGAUGAUGAAUCGGAUUCCGAAGACAGCAAUUCAGAAACCGUGUUCCAGGACAAACUUGAAAAAUUAAUGGAAUAUUUUAGGGAAAAAAAUGAUCAGCUAUAUGCUGAUAGAUGUGAGGAGUAUUUGAAUCAUAUUGAUUCUGAUGAUAUAACCAUAUCGGAGACGAGUGGUUCCUUGUCACUUCCGGUUAUGACAUCACAGUCUAACUCAGGAAGACGAAGGACCAUUCAACCAGGGGAGAGCAUUUCAGGGGCACAAUUGGAAUUGUUAAGGAAAGUGGCAGCUAAAGCCAUAUCACCAGAAUCUCAGAAAAUUUUAAUUGAAUCUCACAAAAAAGAUAUUGAUCCCGAGCCUAAGUUAAUAGAAAGGGAAUUGCUCAAAAUGAUCGACUCCCCAAAGACUAGCGAAAUAUGUAAAAAAUAUAAAAACUCAAAAGAGAAGUAUACGCAGAAACAAAUACUGGCAAGAAAGUUAUCGAAAGAAAUAAGCAGCAGUCAGACACAGUUGAAAGAAUUAAUAAACAUUUGUAUAUCAAAGCAGAGGUUGAUAGAUGAUCUAUCGAAAGCCGUAUCUUAUAACAGUGGUAACAAACCAUACGUGGAUAAACUGGAGUCAGGACUCGUCGAUCUAGAUACCAUAAAGGAAAUAAAGAGACAUGAGAACAAUUUAAAAACAUACAAGAAACAGAUAGACCAGAUCAAGAGGCAAAUUAAGAAGGACGAGAAGCGUAAAAACACUUUGGACGUCGAAUUAAUGAAGGACAAGUUGAAAUUAGACGAACUCUCAGAAUCUUCAGUCGACGUGAAAGAUAAAAAAUCGCAUUCGAUCAAACAUUUCACCAACAGAAUUACUCAACUGGAUAGUAUCUUAAAAGAAAAGACUAAUGACCUGGCUAACUUGGAACUAUCAAAAGAUAAGGAACUCCUUCUAAGGAAGGAGAUAAAGAAUUUACGUAAAACAAGAGAAUGCUUACACGAACAGCGCUGCAGUUUGGGCCAUAAAAGAAAAAUAUAUAAAUCAUUGUCAGAUUCCGAGGAACGGAAGUUACUAGAAUGUGAAGAGGCUAUAGAAGCGAUAGACACGGCUAUAGAGUAUAAAAACAAUCUGAUAUGUGGGAAAUCACCUUCGGCCUCUCUGUCAGAUUCACAAGACAAUAAGGACUCAAGGAGCAGAGGGGAGCAAAUGCUAAUGGCUAGACUGGAUAAGUUAUCACAUGAUGAAAUGAAAACAUUGCUAUAUAGAUAUUUUCAAAAGGUGGUGGACCUCCGAGGUGCUUGUGCUGCUUUAGAGGCAGGUGCAGCAGCUGCCUCUGAAGAGGCCGCAGUGUGGCGUAGCCGAGCCGCAGCCGCCUGGAGACACGCACACAGAUAUAAACCUGUUCAACACACGCGUUUCUUUGAUGGUUGUAACGCUGACCGAGCUCUUUCCUUUGGCCUGACCACCGAUUCAGAGACCUCUGAUGACGCCCUCAGACUUGUAGAUCGGGUUAGACAACUGGCCAGGAAUCCACCGGCCCCUCCAGUAAUUCCAAGUCAGAAUCUGAGACAAUUAAUGCCAGCAACGAACCUCCCCAUAGCAAAAGUAACAAAGGAAAAGAACAAACUUGUGAUAAUACAACAGAACAAGAAGAAAUGAUAUUGGGAGAUUUUUUUAUUUAUACCGCUCAAUAUAUUUUUUGUUCUCAUUAUAUAUUUAUUGAUACAGUCAAUAGUUUAUGCUACUUUUUAUGAACUACAAAAUUAUCAAAUUUUUUAUUUGUGAGUGAUGAAAGAAUAAUAUGAGCACAAUGAAUAUUAUAGCAUUGGACAUUCACUUUAUAGCGCUGGUAAGGGUUUACAUUGGCAAAUUUUAUAAUCAUUUAUAUCUGAGAUUGACAAUGUAAUAGAUACAAGUGUUGUCUGUAUUAAUAAUUUUCCUAGAGAUAUACGAGUCUUUAAUAGAUAACAAAUUCUUAGUGUUUUUAUGCAAAUUUGUGCCAAUUAAUGGGAUUGGAUUAUAGUUAGAAUCUGGCUUAAUAGAUUUUUCUUUCAGUAAUGAUCUCAACUACUCAUAGGUUGGUUUACAAUUUUAAUUAGUUAGAACGUAGAGUGAUGUUAUAAAAUUGCAAAUAAUUUUUAUAUGUAUAAGUGUUUUAAAUUAAAUCUUUUCAAUUUAAGAACGUUAGACGCGGCUAAAAUCAUGUGAUUAUUGCUCAUUGAAUAAGAUUGAUUUAGUACAAAAUAUGUUUUAAAUGUCACAAAAAAUAACAAUAAGUAUUGAGAUUAUAUUAAUAAAAGACAAGAGGACUGAUUAUAUAUUUUAAUUCGAGCGUUACAAGAUCAUUUUCAUUUUCUUAAAUUACAUCACAUUUGUAUAGAUAGUGCUAGAAAACCUGUAAUGAUUUGUUAUAACAAAUACAAGUAUAUAGACAUAAUGUAAAUAUUUUAUAUUUUUUAAGAUAUCAUUAAAUGAGCUUUUACCCUAUUUAGAAAUUUUUUGUCAUUUGAAAUUCCACGGUAUGCAUAACACACCCUCGGAUAAAACUGAGUAGUAAUGUGUCACAUAAAGAAUGUUCCCUUUUAAUUUCUGAAAAAAAAAAUAAACAUUAAAAUAUUAUAUGAAAUAGUA